CAGGCAGCUUUCGGCAUUACGACAACUUUGAAUAACGUCAAGCCAAGAGCCUUGAAUUUACAUAGGUUGGUCUUCUCAACACAUACCGCAAGGUCAACUAAUAGAAAAUCAGACCCCUUUUACAAUAUGUCUUCCGAAGCACAACCCAUAAACCCAGCACGCUUCGCCGAAGCAUUAAAGGAUUUAUCCGCUGAGAAUCUCGCCCUUAAAGUCUUAGAGCUACGUAAUUCGAUAGCCCAUCUAGACUACUCCAACGCUGAACUGAAGCCCUAUGCCGAUGAGCAAGCGCCGACUCUAGAUCAGCAGGGCGGUACUACGCAGCCAGACCAGGACUGUAUCGACGCCAUCGCAGAAAAUGAGGCUGUUAUCGCGCGCAUGCAAGAGCGCAUCGAGUUGAUACGUAUCGAAGUCGAGAGCCGCGGACUUAGCUGGCGCGAACUCCAAGGAAAUAUCGACGAUGAGGAUGCUACUCCUGCCGCAACCGCCAAUGCCAACGCAGAGACCGGCAACUUGACAAACGGAGUAAAUGGUCAUGGAGCAAACGGAGAAACCCAACAUCCGGCAUGGCGAGAUGGCACGUUCCAAACGGGAACGCUAAGUCAACUCGGAGAUGAAGAGCGGGAACUUUUACGGCAGCUCCAAAGUCGAAUACCGCCUGAAGAUGACGAGGACCCCGAAGGUGGCAUACACCUAUAAGCUAGUCUCGUGAUGUAUUUUUGACGUACUAAGACCCGGGGGGGGGGCAAAUUAUAUCACCGUCGGCUUCAGAGCAUUGAUAGAAGAAAACAUCGGCACUCCUUUAUAUAAGGAACCAGUUGUACCCUAUACGGCGGGGUUGAGCUGGAGAGUCUUGGAAGUGAUCUACUCCGAAUCUACGGGGCGAAUAAUCUCACGUAGGGAUGGUAUGUGCAGUACAUUUACUGAUACUUGGUCGCACCACUGACCACCAUACAGAGCGUUGAAGGUUCCUUAAGACCCUCCAAGUCUGUAGAAUACCAGAUUAUAGCC